AUGUCCAAUGUGUCAGUAACGUCUUCUAAGCGCGAGAAGUUGACCUCUGAUUUACUACAGGAAGUAGAGUCUGUCCGUGCGAUGAAUGUAAGCCUUCGCGCAUAUUUGGACCAUCUAAGAGCUUUUAGAAAAAACUUAAUCGCUGUGAAUGAAAAUUGCAAACAGCUCAGUAAAGUUAAUACUCAGUGGAUAGAAAUGAUAAGUACAAUGAAGCGGUGA